UCCUUGAGAGCUGAACAUGAUGUUUGGGUUUGGCCUUAUCAUAUUUAGGGCCUCGCGUUUUCCUAUUAUUACGGUAACAGCGGGCAUUCCUUAUCACGUGAUCAGCGAGAGCAUCUUUUAGGUCCAUUUUGGAUGAUAGCGAGAGCUCUUGUCGCUAGCUACGACACCCGAAAAUGACUAAAUUGCAGUUUUUAAAUGUAUUUUUGACCGAGCGGCUUAUGCUCGCUGCCCAGGAGAUCUAUAAAUCUGUCGAAGACACGAUUUUGGAAUACCAAGAGGAGAUUGCGCUCAGGGAGAGGGAGAACGACCAUCUGAGACGUCGGCUUCGAGACGCUGGGAUUGAAAUAUGGCCAGACCGUCAGUCCAUGGCACUAUUGGAGGAGGAGGAUAGCGAGCAUCCCCGCCGGGAGUGGAGCCCCAGUAUGGGCCAUGAUGAGCGCAUCCCCAUCCUGAUCAAGGAGAAACGGGAACUCAGGUACAGCCAGGGCGACGAUCAGCUUCGCGGCCACGGCUCCUGCAGCACCCCAGAGUCCAUGUUCACCCCUCCCCGCGUCAGCAACGAAUACCCCCAGGACCCUCCCCACUCCUCCAACCUGCCCCAGAACCCGUCAGUGGAGAACAGAGAGAGGGAGCCUGGUCCCAGAAGCUCAUCCAGACACGUCAAAUCAGAAGGGUCCCACAGAGGCUCAUCGUCGUCUUCAUCCAACAGCGGCCCGCAGCCCCUGGCCACAGUCAACCCCAACUGCUCCAACGAGAACAUUGACAUCAUUGGGGUGGAGAACGGAGGGCAGAUGUCGGCGGCUAAAGGACGAGCCGGCGGGAGCAGAGGUCAGGGCUCCCACUUAGGCAACCAGGGCGCUAAUUCCACCGCGGCCGCAGAGUGUGGGAAAUCUCCUCUCCAGGUGCACGUGUCGUCGUUCUGCUGCAGGGUGUGCGGGGAGACGUUCAGCCACGUCGGACACCUGCAUGUCCACGUCCAGGUGCACACCCGAGAAAAGCCGUAUCGCUGCGGGGUGUGUGGAAAGUGCUGCAGCUCCUCCGGCAGGCUCCAGGAGCAUGCCAGGAGUCACACUGGAGAGAAGCCGUACCGCUGCCAGAGCUGUGGAAAAGGAUUUACCCAGAUGGCCCAUCUCAAGGUCCACAUGCGUAUCCACACAGGAGAGAAACCCUACAGCUGCCCCGUGUGUGGCAAGUGUUUCAGCCGCUCUGACAAAAUCAAACGUCACCUCCAGACCCACAGCCGCGAGGGCACCUACUUCUCGGGGCAGUGAGAUGAGGGAGACUCCACCGUUGGUGGUUCUUGUUAAUGAACGACUGAGUCUCGGUAUAUGAAUGAAUUGCUGAUUAUGGGACAUUUUUAAAAAGCUAAAAUUGCUGCCACUAAGACGAGGCUUGUUUUUUCUCACUCUCUCUCUGAGCUAUUCUGUGACCUUUCUUAGAAUGUUUUAUCUCUCCUAAGUAACAGUUCUCUCCAUGCCAUAGUCUAUCUCUCAUGCAAUAGGAUUUGUAUUGCAGUAUAGUCAAUUUAGUAUGUGUCCAUUUUUUUUCUUUUUGUAUUUGAGUUAUUAGCUAGUAUUUCCUAAUGGUUUAGUAUUUUAGUAAUAAGCUUGAUAGCAUGAUGAUAAUGAAGUCUUCCGCUAUGCGUCUUGCACGGAGUGCAUUCAGGAUUGCAACAAUGCAGCGUUCCAAUACGUGGUCUUGCCCCAGAUGAUUUGCACAGGGCCAAUUUACACCAAUUUCAAGUUUCUAAAAGCAAUGGUUGUUUUAGAAUUUAAUUUACUUUUGAUAAAGUAUAUCACAGCCUCUUCUAACACCCUGAAAUCUGAUUUCCUGAAUCACCUGGCUGAAAUUCGUAAGCUGUUUUUAUUUGUGUUUUUUUAAUGAACACUGGCUAACCAUAUGGGCAUUGUUUAUAAACAGUUGUCCAUUUUUUGUUUCCAAAUAUGGAUAUAAAGUAGACAUAUUAGCCAUUGUUAGUUCGGGUGAGGUCAGGGGUGGGCAUUACGGUUAGCAAUAGCCCUGCCCGCUGUAUUCUAUGUUUCCGUACGGUUAGCCACAUAAAGCCUCCCUGAUAUACUACAUUUUAAAGAAGCAUUGCCUCUCCCUCAAUCACACCAACAGCGUCAUUGCAGUUUGGUACACCAGAAGUAUUCUGAACAAAAAUAUAAACGCAACAAUUUCAACUAUUUUACUGAAUUCAUAUAAGGAAAUCAGUCAAUUGAAAUAAAUUCAUUAGGCCCUAAUCUAUGGAUUUCACAUGAAUGGGCAGGGGCACAGCCAUGGUUGGGCCUUGGAGGGCAUAGGCCCACCCACUGGGGAGCCAGGGCCAGCUAGUCAGAAUGAGUUUUUCCUACAAAUGUGCUUUAUUACAAUUUAGACACACAUAUCCCUUAGUUUCAUCAGCUGUCCGGGUGGCUGGUCACAGACAAUCCAGCAAGUGAAGAAGUCUGAUGUGGAGGUUCAGGGCUGGCGUGGUUACACUUGAUCUGCGGUUCUGAGGCCGGUUGGAUGUACUGCCAAAUUCUCUAAAAUGACUUGAGGUGGCUUAUGGUAGAGAAAUUAACAUUCGAUUCUCUGGCAACCGCUUUGGUGGACAUUCCUGCAGUCAGCAUGCCAAUUGCAUGCUCCCUCAACUUGAGAUGUCUGUGGCAUUCUGUUGUGACAAAACUGCACAUUUUAGAGUGGCCUUUUAUUGUCCCCAGCACAGGGUGCACCUGUGUCAAGAUCAGCUUGUUGAUAUUCCACAACCGUCAGGUGGAUGGAUUAUCUUGGCAAACAAGAAAUGCUCAAUACAGGGAUGUAAACAAAUUUGUGCAAAACAUUUGAGAGAAAUACGCUUUUUGUGUGUAUGAAACAUUUCUGGCAUCUUUUAUUUCCGCUCAUGAAACAUGGGACUAACACUUUUACUUUUUUAUAUUUUUGUUCAGUAUACAUACAUUUCCAAUAGAACGCUGCAUUGUAGUGCGUUCUGUGUGGUGCAUGCGUUGGAUAUAUCCAACGUAUGCAUCAAAUUGUAUGGUAGAGAUAAGCGUUUUGUGUUUGCGUAGCAACGCAAAAUGAUAUGCAAUGGUGCUGUCAGUCUGAUCAAGGCAUUAGUCACGGUUGCAGAACUGUGUACUGCCCCCUGAAUUUCAGUCAACUUGUAACUGAUACAAUAACAUACUAUUGUCACAGAGGAGUCAACACCGAGACUGCUAUUCUGCAAGAUCAAUUUGACCGUGGUGAUGAUCAUUCUGUGUAUGACCACUAUCUAUCCCCCACCUCUGAUGCAGAUAGGGUUUAUGUGUCCUCUAUGACCUGCACUACUACAGUAUUUAACCAACACGGUGCAGGGAAAGACCGAUUCCUCAGCUGAGUCAUACAGUAUUUGACCCUGUAUGUGUCUGUGCUGCUUGUUUCAAGAGGAUUGGUCCUGAGCUAGGUGCUGCUGCACAUAUAUUCACUAUACUAAAUAUCUAGUAAUGGUGGCCAGUUGUUUGCAAGUGUAAAAUAAAAAAAUUCAGACCCUAAUCAAGGUUUCUCCUGGAAUAAAAAGUACUUUUUAGUGUAUAUUGUGAAAGCAUUUAAUCCAGGAGUAUUAAAUGCCGAGCUGAGACCAAUGCUCAUGAACAAGCAGUAGGCCUAUGGCCCAUACCAGAUACAAACCACAGCCCCAUCACCUAGGCCAAGUGUCUUGGGCAAUAGGGGCUAUGGGGUUGUCACAGGACAGGGCCUUUAUCACCUCUCAGGACUGAGGCUACUACAGUAGGCCGUCUAACUCCAUCGACAUUCCUCCAGUCUCUUCCCCACAGUCUAUUCUGGGACACUGCUGCUCCCACACACAUUACUGUACAGUGUUGUAUCAUUGUGUACUAAAUGUUAUUUUUUAAUAAACUAGUAACUGAC